AUGCGAUGUUAUAUACCAAUAAGCGGAAGAGGCAAUUGUUUAGCAUAUUAUUUGCUUUCAGCAGAAUCUUUACCAGUUUUAAACGAAGAAAAUCUCCUAUACGCUUAUCGUCCCACCGUUCGCCACCACAUAGCCCACUUUUGUCCCAACUUAGACGUGGCUAGGCAGUGUAUCCGAAAAUGUAUGCAGCUGGGGCUACCAUCCUUCUGUGGUAAGGAUCACGUGUGUUACUGCGGGCAUAAAUAUAAAAAUACUGACAUGAAUCCGAAGACAAAUGCUGAAGAGGUUUACAACCAAUUUAAAGAUUUGUAUACAAAGUAUUUUGGACCAGAUACACGUAGCAAGAAGCCUCAAGACCACAUCGACGAGUAA